AUGGAACUCCUUCGUCUACCAGACAAAACGUCGCACAUGCACGAAAAUUUCACUCGUUAUUUCUGCUGUGAAAAGGAUGACAACUUUUACUAUGUCGCAAUUGAAUGGUGCAUUUGCUCCGUGGAGGAUCUUUACGUUCGUGAUAGGAAGGGAUACGAUUGGGAAGGAAAUGAGAUUGCCACGGAUUUAAUAAAGGCAUCACUGAAAAAAAAAGAAAUUUUACGACAAGCCACUAAAGGAGUUGCAUUUUUACAUGCGAUGGGGUUUGUCCACCGAAACCUCAAGCCCAGUAAUUUUUUGAUCGCUCGGAUUGACCGCGGGACAAGAGGCUUCAAAUACGUGGUCAAAGUGUCGGACUUUCGAAUGAGUAAAGCUUUAGUAACGGACACUGGUCAUUCUGGGCAAAGAGGAUCGGAAGGAUGGACUUCUCCCUAUCCUUCCAAGCAUGAUGCUGAUAACGACACACAUCCUACCACAUCUGAAAUCAAUAAUGUUACGGAUAGCAUUAAAACGAUUAAAACACACCCUUCCGAAGAUGUGUUUAUACUCGGCUGCUUUUUCCACUACGUUUUGACCGAUGGCAUACAUCCAUUUGGAAGUGUUUACAAUCGAGAGACAAACAUCAUUAAUAAGGAUUAUCUAGUCUAUAAACCCGAAUGGACAGCACCAGAAAUUAAAGUACAGUCUGAUAAAACUGGUGACCAAACAGAAACUGCUAAAGAAUUGCAGCAAGCUGUCAGUCUUAUAAAGGACAUGAUUAAAUUCAAGCCAGAAGACAGACCAGCUCUCGAAACGAUUCUUGGUCGGGCUUAA